AGUGUUUUCUAGGCCAAAGCGAUCUCGGAUUGGCGGUACUAGCUCCUUUCAAUGAUUGGCAAAGGCGAAAGUCAUGAUCACGGAAAAAGAUGUCGACACUAAUUGCUUUACACCCAGAGAUUAUCAGGUUGAGCUUCUCGACAAAGCUUGUAAGCGCAAUGUGAUCGUGCAACUUGGAACUGGGGCUGGAAAGACGUUCAUUGCCGUGCUACUGUUGAAGGAGUAUGCUCUGCAAAUACUGGCACCAUAUGAAAACGGAGGAAAGAGAGCGUUUUUCGUUGUUGACAAGGUUGCUCUCGUGGACCAACAAGCGGAGCACAUCCAAUGUCACACCACCUUAAAUGUUGGAAAAAUGCAUGGUAAUCUUAACAGCAAUCUCUGGGACAAACAAGACGGGUUCGAUGAGUUUAUGUCUGUACAUAAUGUAGUUGUGAUUACUGCCCAAAUUUUUCUGGACUUGAUAGACCAUGCAUAUUUCAAUAUAGCAAGAUUAGCUUUAGUGAUAUUUGAUGAAUGCCACCAUGCAUUGGGUGUGAAGCAUCCAUAUCGCGUCAUCAUGGAUAGAAUUUUGCGAGUACGGGAAGAAGAUCGACCCAGGAUUCUAGGACUAACUGCCUCCCUCAUCAAUGAUAAAACCCCUCCUAAGCAACUAGAGGCUAAACUGUCGAAACUGGAGUGCGUGUUGAACAGCGCUAUCGAAACUGCAUCGGAUUUGGUUGCGCUUUCGAAGUAUGGAGCGAAACCAAACGAGUUUGUUGUAGCAUCUGCAGAAUAUGAUCCCAAUAAUGCUUGCGGCCGCGAAAUUUUGAGUAUUUUGGAGGAUUAUCGUAAGUUCUGCACCUCAACGCAAGAAUUUGAUCCGGAUUUCGACAUUGACCCUCGAAAACCAAUUCAAGAAGCUCUAAAUAGGACUCUAGCUGUGCUACGGCAAGUUGGUCCGUGGGCCGCUUGGAAAGUGUCGCAGAUGUGGGAGAAGGAGUUGCACAAGCUUACUAAACAGACUUUUCUGCAAGAGAAGACGGUUGAUUUUCUUGUCAUGGGAGAAACGUGCAUGACAACUGUCAGGAAGCUACUGGAGCCAAAGAUGAAGCCCAUCAAAAAUCUCGAAACGCUAAUGCCUUACUUGCCGAAUAAGGUUGUGAGGCUGAUAGAUAUCCUAUCCUUGUUCAAUCCCGAACGGAGGACUCCUAAAGAGGUUGAAGAAGACCCACUGAGCGGCAUCAUCUUUGUAGACCAACGCUAUGUCGCUUAUACCCUCAACGUGCUUUUGAAGCAUAUUUGUCGUUGGGAACCAAGUUUCAAGUUUAUCCAGUCGGAUUUUGUGAUUGGAUUCAGCGGCGGAAGCUUUGCUUCGGACGACAGCCAAAGUCUCCAUAAACGGCAAGCGGAUGUAAUUCGGAAGUUUCGCCAAGGCGAGUUGAAUCUGCUAGUCGCUACCAGUGUGCUAGAGGAGGGGGUGGAUGUCAGACAUUGCAAUCUUGUCAUAAAGUUCGAUCGACCUAUCGACUACCGAUCCUACAUCCAGUCUAAAGGCCGUGCCCGAAAGCGUGAUGGUGGAGCUAAGUAUUUCAUACUUGUAGAUGAGAGUGAUAGCGCCAAAUGCUCAGAAGAUCUUCGAGAUUUUGUCCAGAUUGAAAAGAUGCUGCUGCGACGAUGUCGAAAUGUUCACAACCCCACUGAAGCAUCAGAAAACGAACCAGGUAUAGCUGAAAACGUGGACUCCUUGAUUCCUCCGUAUGUUGUUCCAUCUACUGGUGCUCAGGUCUCAUUGUCAUCAGCUAUAGGAUUAGUGAAUAGAUAUUGUGCCAAACUGCCCUCUGAUAUCUUUACUCGCCUCGUACCUCAAAAUCGUCUCAUCGCCGUUAAUUUUCAUGGGGUCACUCUCUAUAAAGCAGAGCUUUUGCUGCCAAUCAACUCACCCAUCAAGCAACCUAUCACUCUAGAAACACCUAUGGAAAGCAAAAAAUUAGCUCAAAUGGCUGUAGCGCUUGAGGCUUGUCGUAUUCUGCAUCAAAGUGGCGAAUUAAAUGAUCAUCUGCUUCCUGUCGGACGAGAAUCCAUAGCAGAACUUCUUAAUCAGCUUGAUGAAGAUCCUGACGAGUGGGCUCCUGGUUUAUCAGCCAAAGUGGGCUCGGCAAGAAGGAAACAGCUAUACGAUAAAAGGGUAGCCACAGCUCUGCACGAUGCUUUACCUGUCAAAGGAGAGCCAUGUUACAUCUACGUUAUGGAGCUAGAACUUCUCAAAGAGCCGUCACCGGAAUCAAAUCCGAAACGACGUCGAUUUGCCAAUCCUCUCGAUUACGAGUAUCUGUUCGGUUUUCUCAGCUCAAAAGUUUUACCGAAAAUCCCUCCAUUUGCUGCAUAUCUACGUCAAGGCGACAUGCGGGUACAUCUAGUCAGAGCUUCUACUCAGGUUACACUUAAUAGACAGAGCCUAACUAUGAUCAAACAUUUUCACCAUUAUAUCUUCAAAAAUGUGCUACAAUUAUGCAAAGCUAAUCUGGAUUUCCACAUGGAUUCUUCCACACCCAUCAACACACUCAUAGUACCUUUACAUAGAACAGUAUCCAGUGUGACCGAUAAGUUCGAGUACAGUAUAAAUAUGAAAUAUGUCGAAGAGGUCGUUAAUAUGAUGGGAGAUACGCCUAGAAUUCCCGAUGAAGAAGAGCGGAGGAAUUUCAAGUUCAACCCUCAGGACUAUAAAGAUGCUGUCGUGAUGCCCUGGUACAGAAAUUUAGAACAACCCGUCUUCUACUAUGUUGCUGAGAUCCUUGAAAAUCUGACACCUUCAUCACCGUUCCCAGAUGAGGAGUACUCAUCCUUCAACGAGUAUUUUAUCAAGAAGUACAAUCUGGAGAUUUACGAUCAAACGCAACACUUAUUGGAUGUGGAUUUCACUUCGAACCGACUGAAUUUGCUGCUACCUCGAGCUGGUGGUGGAAGGAGGAAAACUGCGUCUACAAAACCGGAAGACAACACGGCUUUAUCGAGGCAGCGACAAAUUUACGUCCCAGAACUGAUGGAUAAACACCCGAUCUCGGCAACUUUAUGGAACCUGAUAUCAGCGCUGCCAAGCUUCUUUUAUCGCAUCAACCACCUUCUUCUGGCAGACGAGCUUCGUCAGAGAAUUUUGGUAGAUGCGCUCCUACUACCAAAUUCUCUGACGAAGCUCGAUCUGCCAGAAGACGGGAAAGUGACGAAUCAGAUUGAGGAUGAAAACACCUUCGAGGUAGGAGUUUGGGUACCAGUCGUGGUCGAUCCGAUAAAUGAUGAGAAUAUGCCUCCAGCUAACUAUGCUGCUGGGGAUUCUUUUGAUACUGUUGGAUUGAUGUCUUCAUCAGUGCGAGCCGGAGGAGACCUUUCUGAUGACGAGGAUGCGGAUGCAGUGAUGAUGUUCGACUUCUCGAAGUAUCUGGCUGAAAAAGCAGGCGCUACGAAAUCAAAUUUUGCCACUCCCAGGCCCGAUAUACAAGCAUGUGGAUGGGGAGAUCUGGAUGAAGUUGUACCGGACACUCCUUUCCAAAUUCUUGGUUCAUCAUCGAAUCAGAUCGAUAUGAAUAGCCUUAUGGCUGAUCUCCAAAGUCAGAUAUUGCCCCAACACCCGAAUGCUUGGGCUCCCUCCGCGCCUGUUGUGAACACUAAGGUGGACACGCUUAUAGAGUUUGACAGUGUUUCAACACCAACGAAGAAGCCAGCUGCCCCAGCGCAAACGAUCAGUACCACCUUGCUGGAGCCAACAAAGUUGUAUCUGGAUAAGAUGGAAAUGUUGGAGGAUCGUGAACGAGUCCAAAAGGAAGAAAUUGUGGAUUUGAUGCAGUUUGACGAUGAGAGUGAAUCCGAUUGCAAGACUGCGAUAGAAUACAAUACGGACGAGGAGUACGAACAACUAAAUGAAGGCGAACGUCAAAAGUUUGAACGAGAUCAUGCGCUACCCUCGAAGGGCCCAUUGUCAGAGCGUGAGAUGCUAGCUCCUAAACUACCAAGCAAUCGUAAUCGAUUUUCGUUCGCAACACCAUCGCCGUCGUCAAGUGCUAUAGUGUUGAAUCCGUUGUCUGCGCUCGAGUAUCAUUCGGAGACACUGGCUAAGGAGAACCCUUAUGGAGUCUCACCACGCUUGUUGCUGACUGCUUUGACAACUUCGAAUGCGAAUGAUGGUAUCAACCUGGAACGGCUUGAAACCAUAGGAGAUUCCUUCCUCAAGUACUCUGUAACCGAUUAUCUCUAUCAUUCACAUCCGGACCAGCAUGAGGGCAAGCUCUCAUUUGCGAGGAGUAAGGAGGUAUCCAACUGCAAUCUGUAUCGGUUGGGAAAGCGACUUGGCAUUCCAUCUCUAAUUGUAGCUUCCAAAUUUGAUGUGUAUGACUCUUGGCUGCCGCCUUGCUACAUGCCAAAUAACGACUUCAAAGCUCCAAAUUCGGAAGAUGCGGAGGAAAGAGACAAAUUCAUCGAGGAUGUGCUCAUGGGCAACGAAACGGCACAGAAAGUACCAAAACCUGUUACUGGAUGGGAUCAAGCCGACAUCAACAACGACGUGAGACAGCUGGAGAAUGGCGUGGAGACUAUCAAUUUCGCAAAGCCAUCUGCAAGCAGUGCAGCGCUUGAUGAGCUGCCUCCGUUGCCGUACAAUAUGCUCACGCAACAAUAUAUCAGCGACAAGUCUAUAGCAGAUGCAAUUGAGGCGUUGAUUGGAGCACAUUUACUAACUCUGGGACCACGUCCUACGUUAAAGGUAAUGAAAUGGCUUGGUCUGAAGGUGCUAACAGAUGAUGUGGUUCCCGUUGAACCGUUGUUAGGAUUUGUCAAUACUCCUGAGUGUCCUGAUAAGGCUCAACGUUCGCUAGAGGAUAUGUGGCAGCAGUUCAACUUUAGCGUACUAGAAGGUAAAAUUGGGUAUCGUUUCAAGAAUAAGGCUUACCUCCUUCAAGCAUUCACUCAUGCUAGUUAUUUUAAGAAUAGGAUUACGGGUUGCUAUCAGCGAUUGGAAUUCUUGGGUGAUGCUGUGCUUGAUUACAUGAUAACUCGGUAUCUGUUCGAAGAUGAGCGACAGUAUAGUCCUGGUGUGUUGACAGAUUUACGCUCUGCAUUGGUGAACAAUACGAUCUUUGCUAGCCUGGCGGUGAAAUAUGAUUUCCACAAGCACUUCGUUUCUAUGUGUCCCGGUCUCCACCAUAUGAUUGAGAAGUUUGUCAAGUUGUGUACUGAAAGAAACUUCUUUGAUGCCAACUUCAACUCAGAGAUGUACAUGGUGACGACCGAAGAGGAGAUUGACGAAGGGCAAGAAGAAGAUAUCGAAGUACCAAAAGCGAUGAGUGAUAUCUUUGAAAGUGUCGCUGGAGCAGUUUAUUUGGAUGCGAAUCGUGAUCUAGACGUUGUUUGGCGAGUGUUUUACAAUCUGAUGAGACAGACCAUCGAAGAGUGUUGCGCUUAUCCACCCCGAUCACCUAUAAGAGAACUUAUGGAACUUGAGCCCGGAAAAACACGUUUUAGCAAGAUGGAGAGGAUAAUCGAAAGUGGAAAAGUAAGAGUGACAGUCGAUAUAGGAAACAAGAUGAAAUUUACGGGAAUGGGCAGAAAUUAUCGCAUCGCGAAGACGACAGCAGCUAAGAGAGCUCUGAAAUACCUAAAAAGUUUGGAGGAGCAGAAAUUACGCGAAGCUGAACGCAAUGCUAGCAACGGCAGCAUCCUCGAGAAUAAUCAAUAACGCGUUUUCUCUUUUAUUUCUCUCAGUUUUCUUUCCAUGAAAUGUUUCAACCUCAUUCUAGUCUUAAGCUAGUGCAUAUAAAACUACUUGUACGGAAAGUACGGUGAUGAACGUGUAAAAUGUAUCUCUGGAAUCUUAAGCCACACAUCCUUUUUGGGUAAUUCUAUACUGCUGAUUUCGAUUGCACUGCUUUUCUCGUGAACGAUGUUCAUUUGUGAUUUGUUAACCGUUUUGAGCGAAAUUUCUGUUUUAUGCAUGCUUAGUGUUACGAGCAGUAUUUGUUUUUGCAAGCUUUAUGAUAUUUGAAC